GUACAAUGUUGAGAAUUUACAGCAGAGCUCUGGUAAGGGUGGGGAUGGGGAAGCCCUGGUACUUGGUGAAGCCUGUAUCUGUGGUUGCUAGCAGAAACCUGAGCCAGCAGAAGGGACUUCCCCGUCUGCCUGUCCCCUCUCUGCAGCAGAGCUUAGAGAACUACCUCAGCUUCCUGGAGCCCAUCCUGGAGCUGGACGAGCUGCAGAGAGCCACAGAGCUGGUGGAAGAGUUUCAGAAACAAGGAGGGGUCGGAGAGAGACUGCAGAGAGACCUGGAGAGGGCAGCAAGUAACACUGACAACUGGAUGACAGACAAAUUAAAGAUUGUACAUCACAAAGAACGUUCUUCUGUGGUAGUUCAUUUUAACUACGGGAUGAGCUUACCCCGAGGACACUUCAAGGAUAAACAGGCACAGACGAGGUGUGCUGCAGAACUCAUUGAGGCUACAUUGCAUGUAAAGACAAUGAUUGACAAUGACACACUACCAAUUGAAUACAUAAGAGGGAAACCGCUGUGUAUGGAGCAGUACAAAGAGAUAAUGUCAUCCUGCCGAAUCCCACAACUGAAGAUGGACUCAAUGAUGUUCUACACCAGAAAACACAUCACUGUAGUACACAACUGUCAGUUCUUUGUGCUGGAGGUGCACAACAGUGAUGGGACUCUGCUGACAGUGGAUCAGCUCUGUGUUCAGCUGGAGAGGAUCUACAACUCCUCACUACAGACCGACAUGGAACCUGUCGGCAUCCUCACCACCGAGAAUCGGGACAACUGGAGUAAAACCUACAUGAACCUCAUCCAGGAUGAGACCAACAAAGCGUCAGUGUCCACUAUCCAAAGCAGCAUCUUCACCCUGUGUUUGGAUGGAGCGAUGCCCCCAGUGUCUGAGGAGAUGUAUUACAGCAGUGAUUGUCACCAGAUCCUGCAAGGAGGAGGCAGCCAGUGGAACAGUGCAAAUCGCUGGUUUGAUAAAGGGCUGCAGCUCAUUAUCAGAGAAGAUGGGACAUCUGGUAUAAACCUUUGUCAUGCUGUGGCUGAUGGUUCGGUCGGAGUGAAAUUCUGUGAUCACAUUGUAGAAUCUCUAAACAGGAAAAAGCCACAGGUGAUGCAGUCUCACAUGGAGCCUUUGCCUGCGCCCCAGAAACUACACUUCAACAUCACACCUGAGAUCAAGAAGGACAUUGAGGAGGCCAAGCAGCACAUGGACAUACUGGCCCGAGACGUGGAUCUGAGGUACUCGGUCUUUGACCACUUUGGGGGAAAAAGCCUAAAGGCCAACAAGUUGAGCCCCAAUGAUUUCGUACAGAUGGCGGUACAGCUGGCCUACUACAGGACACACCAGCGGUUCUGUCAAUCGAUGGAGCUGGUCUCUCUUCGUAUGUUCAGACUGGGCCGUUUAAGUUUCAACAAGUUACACACGCCUGCCUCAGCUAACUUUGUCAAGGCUUUUGAUGACCCAAAUAAACAGAACUCAGAGAAGGUUGAUUUAUUGGAGAAAUCUAUGGAGGCACACAGAUUGAACAUUACCAAUGCACUCGAAGGAAACCCCUCAGAAACACAUCUGUUGGGUCUUAUGCAACAGUCUACUGAAGAAAAAAUCCCAAUGCCUGAUAUUUUCACAGAUCCCACCUUCCUAAAAUCCUUUCAAUACAGAUUCUUUGCAACUCAGGUAACAUCCAGCAGAGGGUGUCAGGUCUGUAACGGCAGCUACAGUCCCGGACUAUUCGAGGUGGUCUUUGGUAUCAACGACUAUGACAUUGACCUCUACGUGUCCAGUCUUUCAGCUGGCGACAGCUGCACAGAAAGUAAUGGAGUCCGUCUGAUGGGAGCCCUGCAUGAUGCACUGCUGGACAUGAGGACCCUGCUGCAACAAACGUCAAGACCCCAAUUGUGAAGAUAAUCCAGACUUUCCAAUAAUUUACAAUUAUGACUUAUCUGUAAGCUUAUUUUCCUCCUUCAUUGGGAUGUUCAUUUAUGUGUGCAUGUUUAUUCAAAAGAUUUAGGUAGGCUCACAUUUGUUUGGUGAACCAAUGACUUGUUAUAGAUAUAAGUUUUAUACAUGAUAGUAAUACCAGCAUUUGGAGCAACAUAAGCUGCUCCUCUGUACACACAAGAAACCAUAAUCUAAUAAAUAAAUCUA